AUGGAGCGUGACAUCCCGUCUUACCGGCGGCCGUGGCCCAUUCCCGCGUUCAUCCAGACCAGCGACGAGUACUGGCUGCUGCGACCGUCCAAUUUCACUAUCAGCGUCCUGCCGAGUGCCCUGGAGCCCGACAUCCGGUGCUCACUUGUGGACGCCGCCGCUGUGCGUUACGAGGCCACCCUGAACCGCGCCGAGUGCCUGCGCAUCCCUGCCAAGGCCGUGGAGGCGUACCGGCAGAACAGCGCCGGUUACAUCAGCCGCCUGGUGGUGACGCUGCUCGGCGCCUGCGAGAGCUUUCCCGAGCCGCUCAUGGACGAACACUAUAUCCUGCGCAUUACCUCCAGCCCGAAGAAAAGUGUGCUUCUCGCCAACUCUCCGUGGGGUCUGCUUCGUGGCCUGGAAACAUUCUCUCAGCUCGUCUACGGCCUCUCCAAUGACCUCUUCGCUAUCAACAGCACCUACAUCCGGGACUACCCACGAUUCCCCCACAGAGGCCUUCGCAUCGACACUUCGCACCAUUUCCUCUCCAUGAGAGCCAUCAAGAAAACGCUGGACGCGAUGGUGAUGAACAAGAUGAACGUGCUGUUGUGGAAAAUGGUUGGAAACGACUCGUUCCCUCUGAGAAUGACGAGCCUGCUCGAGCUCAGCUCCCGGGGCGCCUACCGCACCGGUUCCCACGAGUACCGGGCUGAAGACAUCGCCCACGUGAUCGAGUAUGGACGAGUGCGUGGCGUGCGCAUUGUGCCGGAAGUGCACAGCCUGGACAGCAUGGCGUCGGUGGGGCGCAGCCAUCCGGAACUGCUGUGCGGCGAGUCCGGCUUGUUGGACCCGACCCACAAGGACGCGCUAAGCCUCGUGCGCGUCCUCUACACCGAGCUGGCGCGCCUAUUCCCCGACCAGCUGAUGCACGUCGGCGGACAAGAGUUCUCGUCCUCGUGCUGGAGCAACGAUUCUGCUCUGAAGAAGCGGGUGGAGGAGUCCAGUGGGAGCGUGAAGGCAUUCGCCGCCCUCUUCUUCGAAUCAAUUCUCCCCCACGACUCCUGCAAUUCCCCCUUGGUCCUCAGUCCGCCGCGGCUGCGGAGCACCUGA